UGCUUGGUUCCUGGAUUCCAAUACAGGCUAUGGCAUGAUGCGUAAAGAAGCGUAAGGAACAAGCAAUCUCGUGCCGCAUCUUACGAAAGGAUGGUCUAGAAAAGCAUUUUGAGUGGUUUAUUUCUCCUAACUGAGCCUUUCUGAUGUGAAGGAAAUUAUUUUUAGAGAUCAAAAUAUUGAACAUAUGCAAACAAAACUAUCAAAUAUAUUGGAAGCCUCACGGAUGAUCGCAUCAAGGCGACCUCCCAGCUGGAAAGAUGGAUUAGAAGUCAAGCUACUGCCGCCGUUAUUGGGAAAAAGAUCUAGUUUGGAAUGAAGAAGAUUAAGGGGAAGCUGGUGAAGCGCACCUCACAGGUGGGUAUGAUUUGCACAAUCAUACCUUAGUAGGAAAAUCAACUCGAAAGCGACCUUAUAGUAGGUAUCAAGUGUAUCUUCAGGCCGGUGAUUGUUUCAAGACAAAAGUUUGUAAACAACACGAGCUCAGUUUAUUUACUACAGUUUGACUCUAAUUUGAGAUUAAGGCAUUAUAUUGUACAUGCGUGUGUGCACAGAAGUAGAAGGUGCUGUAGUGAUUGUCUCAGAUUGUUUUGGAAAGUUUGACAGUCUACAGUUUACGUACAAUAUCUAUUUCCGCCAAAAAAAAACGUAAGUGGUACAUGUCAACUCAAAAUUUGUCGAAGGCUAUAAAACUAUCCUACAUUUAGUAUAAAGCAAUAUCGCUAUUAUUCUAGAUGUUGGUUGCUCCACUUUUGUAGGUUAUUGCCUUGAAUGAGCAAUUACAACCGAUAUUUCUUUAGAAAACGUUCAGUUCUUGGCAUUAUCCACUUGAGCUUACUCAAAAGUGACUGGUCAACAAUUAUUCACCGGUAUAGAGGUGAAUAAUCGUCGUAGUAUGUACCACACAGAAACCAUGAAAUUAGUUUAUUUCUGUCAAUACACUGAAAACUUGUCUCCUCCAUUGUGUGGAUGUGACAAGUUCUAAUUGCUUAUCACUUCCAAACUAGCCCAUCAGUGCAUGAGGAAAGCACCAUCCACUUGUGUGGUGUAUAACAAUUAUUUGCUGAGGUGGAGGUGGAUUUUAUAGAGUUAAGUGGAUCUUAUAGAGCCACAAAGCAGAAAAGCAAAUAUCCACUGCUUUUCACAGACAUUAAAGUGAAUAAUUGUUUUAGGAUAAGUAUUACAAGACCAUACAAGAACCAAAACAUAGGUUUAUUUCUGUCAAUGUACUGAAAAAUUUGUGGAAAGUAAGCUCUUGACAAACAAUUUAUCUCCUUGCUUCUCUGAGGUGAACAGUACUUGCUAAUCACUUCCUAAUCAGCCAGUCACUGUGUGUGGAGAGCACUCUUCACCUGUUUGGUAAAUACUUAAAGUAUUAAUUUUUAAUUAGUAAAUGAAGCAGGAUAUUAAUUUACUGAUGUAUUAAUUUAUUUAUGAACCUGGUCCUCAUAAUUUCUUUUUAAACAUGUAGAAAACAUGUUUUAUUGAGGACAUGACUUUGACAUCCAUUCAUUCUCUGACUGGUUUUUUGUUAAUCCAAAAUAAGUAUUUUGUUAACUAUGCAGACUCAACUUCAAGUAAAUCCACCUAGUGAAGAUGAUACUUGGACUAAAUAUGAUGAACGGCUCAUUGAAUGUGUGGUGAAUGGAGAUGUGGAAAAACUCAGGUAGGUUCAAUUAAAAAAAUAUACGAUUUGUAUUCAUAAAUGUAUAUGUCACCUGUGAUUAGGGUAGUGUGAAGGUCAAUUAGAAAAGACACAGAACACUGGGUAAUUCAGCAACAAAAGUAAUUAACUGUUCUAACAACAGUUAAUUAUGUUCCCAAGACAGAAAGGUCAAUCUUGUUGAUGGUGAACCCCAUCACACAAAACUAUAAUGUAGACAUUAAAAUUUGAAUUGCAUAAGUGAGGUAAAGAAAGAAGUGAAGUAUGAAAUGAAAAAAACAUAUAAGUCCCCCACUUUGUAUGAAACCUCAAAAUUUCAGAUAUAAUGGUAUAAUUGCUCUAUACCUCUGAGAUUCAGGGAACUCAUUAAGUUUUAUAUUGGGUUCAUAAGUGACAAGUGUCCUGAAAACUGUGAGUAUCAGCAAUGUUGAAGUGAUGAGUGUAUAUUAAAUAGAUAAAGAAAAUGUUCCUUGUUCCUCACAGGCACAAGGAAAAAAUGACAAAUCUGAGUCCUUUGGACUCAAAUGUUAUCUCCUUUGCUUCACUCUUGUGAUGAAUAAUCAGCGAGCAAGUUUAAAAUUUUAUCAAUUUUUUUUACUUCAAAUUAUCAGUCUGGGAAUGAUUAAAUACUCUGAUGCAUAAGGCUAAUCUUUUGAGAAACACAUUCUACUCUAAGUCUUUGUAUUGAUUCUCGUUAAAAAAAAAAAAUGAUACAGUAAAUAACUACUCCUAUACAAACAGGAGGGCAGUGAAAAUAUCACCCUUAAAGGGCUUCAAUCCUAUGGAAGGCCGUAAAAUUUUUUAGGCCACCUUUAUGGCUGUCAUUGUUCUUAGAGAAGGUGCCUUUGUUAGAUUUCAUCAUGAUAAUGAUUUUCAAUUUCUUUUAAAGAAUAUACUGGAACUCCAACUACCACUCCAACAAAAAAUUAUUUUAUUAAUGAGUAUAGUAUAUUUCCUCUUUGUUAGGACUACUCUUGCAAAAAAGGGGACGUCAGCGAUAAAGUUGGGACCAAAUGGGACAACAGCGUAAGGAAAUCUCUUACCAACCUUUAUAUUAAUUAGCUUGGGGUAAUUGUUACAUGUACAUUAACUAGUUAAGAUGAGGACUAUUGGUUUACAAAGAAUUUGUGCAGUGAGAAAUCAUAAAGAAACAAAACAAAAUUAUAGUAAACUACAUAUUAACAGUAGUGAAGAACAUAUGAAAAAGUAACAACAAAGUUAUUUAAAACAGUUUAGCAACAGGACACCCUUAGGGUAAUUCUUCAUCGAUUGAUUCCUGGCUAAAUGGAAAAGUAAAGUGUUGUAGGGAGGGAAAUUGGAGAAUGCACAAAAAAUCCCUUUGGGUACCAAUAAAAAACAACAACAAACUCAGUCACCUUGGCGAGUUCAUGAAUCGAACAUGAGCCUGACAGAGUAAGGCAAAUUUUUGUAUCACCCCUCCAUCCCUUGUAAUCUCUCAAAGUAUAAGCUCUCCUACCCUGAUGACAGAGAUCUCAUGUUUGAAAAAUGCUAAGUAACUAUAGGAAAUAAUUGACUUUAAAUUAUAAGGUUCUCUAUAUUCAUAUCUUACAUCUGUCAGUUAGUAGAAGAGCUAUAUAUGAAAGGCUAAUUGGGCCUUAUUUUAUGAGUGUGGGCUCUUCAUACAUCAAGAGCAUGUCCUGAUGAACAAAGUAAUUUGUUUUUCACUUUUUCUUAGUCUUCACACAGCAUGUGAGAAAGGAAAUGUUGAGUGUUUGGAGGUGUUACUGGGAGAACAACCAGACCUAUCAUUUGUGAACAAAGCAGGUGAGUCCUUUAUAAAGCUACUAUUUAUGUGUAUCUGAUAAAAAUACCUUCGCAGUCACUAUGUUACAUGUAAUUCGUUGAUUGAUCCUUUUUUUAAAUUUGGUAUUGAAUGCAAGGUAUUAAGUGAUUACAACAGCUUUGAUAAAAGGAGGAUAAUCAAACAGUGUUUGUGGUUUAAAAGCAAGUCUUUGUGUAUAGGUGUUAUCCACAUCAGAAGUUUCUUAGCUUAAUUGCAGUUCUAAAAUGCAGUUAAUGUACUUUGCUUAGGAAUUGAUUUUGGAGUUGUGCUAUUACAUGAAAAUACUGUAAAAGUGAAGUGAUUCUCAACAACUAGUAUGUAGCUGUAAAAUUUAUAGUCUCUUGAAGGCGAUUAAUUUUUGACCGUAUGUUAAAAGUUGACACUCAGUUUUAAAUAAGUAUUAUAUUUUCAAUUAAAAUACUUCAUGUAAUAUUAAUCAAUGAAUGAUGUUCAAGUUGAUAAAGCACUGACAGAGGUGUUCUUUAGGUACCACUGUAUCUCCUUAUUUCUUGAAAUAUUUUUCUUUCAGGCUGCAGUCCUCUUCAUGUGGCUGCAUAUUCUGGGAACACAGAAUGUGCAAAGAAAAUCUUAGAACACAAGGUCCAUGUUGGAACUCAGGAUGGUAAAAAAAUGACAGCACUUCACCAUGCGGGCAAGUUGUAAUGUUUAUUCUUUUUAUCAAAGCCAAUCUGUUGCAUGAGCAAAGCAUCAUUGAUGUUGGAUAACUUAUUAUUUUCUGGUGUUUUUGCGCCUAAGAAUUUGUUUCAAUUAUUUUCUGUCACUGAUGUUCAUUUCAUUUACAACGCUAAAUACAGCUGCCAAAGGUCAUAAAGAAUGUGUUGAACUUCUUCUUAACAACAAAGCUUCUCUUAAUGGCAAAGACAAGGUAACUUUUGUUCAUGCAGUUAAUUUAUUAAUAAGGACAUCAUGAAUGGAAUGCUGAAUUACUCACUGAAAUGUAAGAUUGUAAACUAUUUAGCUCAACUACCUUUUAUAGUAUUUAAAAGCAUCUUACAAAAAGUCAGAAAUGUGUUCUAGAGUACUUCUGCAUGUAGUACCCUAACAUAUGGUUCCUUCAGUUAAUUAUGCAACACUUGUAUAGAAAAGAUGCUUUUUUUGAGUUAUCCAAUGUAUGAGAGGUAAUUUACAUAUUUUUUUUCCAGGAUGGAAGAACUCCUUUAUUGAUGGCUAUACAAGGUGCACAUGAAGAUGUUGUCAAGUUAUUACUUGACAGAGGAGCAAAGGUUAACAUAGCAGACAAUUCUAAAAAGUAAGUCAGAAAAAACCUUAAACUUGCUUUUGGUGCAUGCUGGUUUGAAGAGUAGUUGUUUGGUUAAUCCUCUUUGUGCCUCAUGUACCUCUGUCAUUGUAAUUUAUAGGACAGCACUUAUGUAUGCAUCACUUCUGGGGCUUUCCAUUACUGUAGAGAUGUUACUAAAAAGGGGUGCUAAUCCACAACUGACUGACAGUAAUGGUCAUACAGGUAUGUAGGGCAAAAAUUCAUCAUUUAUAUGUGAACAGCAUUUAAAUACCUCAAUUUCUUUUAAUAGCCUUCCCCACCAUCUCUGGAUUUAUUUUUUCCUGCUCUUUUUGAAGAGAUGGGUAAUAGGAAAGACAUUUUCUGUAAAACUUGACAGAAGGAGACAGUUGUAAGAUUUAAGGGCUGCCAAUUACAAAAUACAAACGUAGGGUUCACAUUUACAAAUAUGCAGUGUGUCUAGCAAAAGAAUAUUCUGACUCUGUUUGUCAGAAGGAUGAGGAAUGCUAUCCAGUAGAUGGAUGUCUAUCUUGUGGAUAGCACAGUAUGUUUAGCUAAAACUUAUCCACUGUUGAAUAACUGGGUCAACAAAUGGUGUGGAAGCACUGAUAGUGGCACUAGAACCAAAUUGAGGUGUUCAUGUAUACACUAUCUUUUGUUUUCAUCAACAGCUGAGGAGUUUGCUCGCUUGUGUAAUUACCAAGAUAUCAUUGACCUUAUGCACAGUGCUCCAUCUGUUGCAAUGUGGGAUGCAGGUAUUGUUAUAAUCUAGGUCCUCUCUCUGCCAGAAAUUGAUUGCUAAAAGAUGACAUGUAGAAAAUUAAAGUUUGGAUUGAGAAUUUGAUAGAAUUUAUAAACAUUCUGGUAUAGCAUUUUUUUGAGGCAUUACACUAGAUUAGAUAAUAAUUGAGUUCAUUCUCCUAGUUACACAAUAUUGAUAAAAUCAGGAAAAAUUAAUGGAGAGUGUUUCCAUUUUGCAAAUUAAAGAAGCUAAAGUCCAUGAUCGGGGGUGUGAAGGACCCUAUGUGUUAAUGGUCCCAAACAAAAUAGUCUAUGUCUUAUUAUUGUAAAAUAGAAAAGAGUGUGAAAAUUGUCAAACCAUCCUAUGGUUAUUUAUAUUAAAUCUUAAUGAAAAAAAUUUUGUGUACCAGGGGAAACCUCAGAGGAUAAUGAACCGGAUGAAGAGGAUUCAGUUGUUCCAAAUGUAAUUAAUUUUAUUAAAAUAAAUAAUAGAAAUUGUGUAAAUGCCAUCAAAUAAGGCAUUCUUUUUACGUGAAUUUAUAAGUAGCUAUUGUUUUCAAGGAUUGAUGAAAGAUGACAGAUGACCUUCUUUAACUUAAUAGCUCUUUGUGCUUUGAUUAAGUUUCAUUACUGUAACAGCUUCAUACAAUGUCAAUGAAAGCAUCUCAACAAGUUUGGGAAAAAGGGAUAUUUAGUAGGUUUGAACACUGUGAAAACAAUUAGUGUUUUUUUUUUAAACUAAUUCAAAAGAUACACUAGGAGGGGAAUUUGGUGUACAUGCUUACCUUGCAGAACUGAGCUGUUUACUGGCAGAGAAACAGUGAUUACUGAUGGACAAAGGCUCACUUUGUGUCAGGCUACCAAAUUAAAAUUGUUAACCUUUAACUUUUCUUGAUUAUAAUGGAUGCAAUUGUUUAGCAAAAUGCAGGUCAUUUACUGUUACUGUAGGUAAUUUUUGUAAGUAUAGAAUGAAAAUCAUCCCAACUUACUAAAGAGUAAACUGUUUAACACUGUUUUUAACUAUACAUGGACAUCAGUGUUUGAAGGCAGUUUACAACUUGGAAAACAUGCCUUAACACUUUAACUCCCAUGAGUGACCAAGACAGAAUUUCUCCUUACAAUAACAAUACAAUAUCAACCAGAAAAGUAAUGAGAAUAGAGAAAAAUAUCAAUUUGGGGAUAAUUAGUUGAUCCAAUAUUAAAUUCUCUUAACUAACAUUAUAAGAAUUGUAUGGUUGACAGUUAGGAGAAUUACAAAUUUGAUCUGGAAGUUAAAUGGUGAACAUGCAUAUGAAUUUGAUUCUUUGUCAGGGUGAGUUAAUAACAGAGUUCAGCAGUUUGGAAGAAUCAGAGGCAGAGGUAUCUGUUUCACUGCACCAUGAAACAGUUUCAAGUACCACUGGGGUAAGUGUAAGUCUGAUCUUGUUUUUUGUCAGGGUGGAAUCAAGGAUAAACUACCAUUAGUAUCUAUUCUAUACAACAAAAGUUUUCUUUAUAAUCAUCACUGCCACUGAAAGUAAAUCUCUAAGUUUGCACUCAUCUCUGAGAAGCAAAUUUAAAUCAUCUUGACAUCUUUUAUAAUGGUUUGUUAGUGUCUAAUUUUACUGUAGCAGUGGUUUGAAGUUUUUGGCACACCUUCUUUUAGUGUGUUAUUUUCUUCAUGAACUUUGAUAUUAUAAAAAUUUUAGGGUGCUGUUAUGGAAAUGAAAAGCUGACUUUUUGUUAAUUUGUAACUGGAGAAAGUUUUUAUCAAAGGCAAUUGAAAAUGAUUUUAAUGUGAUAAAACUUACAGAAAAAAGUUCAUCGUAAUGUAUGAUGUUCAUUAUUUUAGGUUCCAAGCUCAGUCAACAGUGGUAGUAUAUCACAACAGGUAACUAUAUGUACAUGUAGAAACACACUCAGAUAAUUUGGGGUUUUUACCGUUUUACAAAUAUUCAGUAUGAUGUGAUAUGAUAGCAUACACUUCAAUUCUGUCUUUCCAUAAAUGAUUGACUGUCAUGGACAAUUUACAUUUAUGAAAUGUACUCAUUUGAAUCUGAGAAUAAUUCAUAUGUGCAUAAUUAGAUGUACAUGCACAGGCCAUUUUUCUGCUAUCACUCAAAAAAAGAUUCGCCAUCUUAUUAAGUGCUAUAUUGCAAUGACUUAAUUACUAGACAUUAAGCUGGUUUCCCUUCCUUCAAGAUUGGCAACUUGUUUGGUGUGAAAGACCCUGUCCCUGACAGGCCUUGUUCAUGUGUGGUUUAUAAGUUCGUAUUUGCUGGCUGUAAUGCCUGUUAGGUCGGUGAAACAUACCAGCAUUUUUCCACAGGUGUUAGAGAUAUCUUAGUCAAUGACAGGUCCUCUCAUGCUUUCAAGCAUCUGCAAGAUUGUGCACAUUGUCGCACUUUGUGUUCAGCAGAUAUCUUCCAUGUUUUAGAUCACGCCUUUACUGGUUUUCAACUUAAGAUAAAGGAAGCUAUUCAUAUUCAAAGAGAACAACCAUCCUUGAAUCAACAAUUACACCAUGUAAAUCUGAAACUAUCCUUUUAAUUCUCACACUUUCAUGCUUUACCUGUUUUCUUCUUGUCACUAUUUAUCAUAAUAAGCAUUGUUCUACUUGCUAUAUAAGAUUAAUUCAGCUUCCAAGCUUUGUACAUUAAUUAACUGAAGACGACAGAAAUUUCUGUUGAAACAUGUAUUACAAACUUAAAAGUUUUGUUGCUUUCUUUAAAUUCUAUGUUCUGUUUGUACUUUGUAGGAAUCCUUUUCAUCCAAGGCUUCAACAACGCUGUCCUCCCCAAGAGCAGCCAACCAAGAUCUGUCUCAAGAUAUCACGGUAGACAAUUAAUGAUGAAGAGAACUGGCUCAUAUGGAUAAUGUUGCUUAAACUGUACAUCACUGUGCUAGAAAAGUUUUGUCAUCUUAGAUAGGUCAAUUAUAAUAUUCAAAAGGACUGUCUGGUUUUUUUUUUUAUGAGAAAGCAAUGUUAUAUGAUGUAGUAAGUCAUAGAUCAUUGCUUUCUUCCUUCGUGGGGAAUAAACCAUUUCCAGAACUCAGUCCUUUUGAAGUGGCUUCAGUUGGUAGUCUAGUUGCAAGAAGAAUUAAAUUAUUAUCUGGAAGGCAAUGGUUCCAUUCCUUUCACAACUUGACUUUUUUGAAGCUUUUGUCAUCACAGCCAAUUCUUAUAAUCCAGGGAUUACCUUCUAUAAAUAACUGUCUGCUAUGAAAUGCAUUUGUGUAUGUCUCUUUUGAAUUCUCUUUUUAGGAACUGGAAGAGGAAAAUGAAAUGCUAAACCAAGAAUUGAAUAAACUAAGAGUUCAACACCAGAAAACUCUAGAAAGGGUAACAAAAUUUACCAACUGAACCUUUUUCAGUCAUUUCGCAGAUAAUUAUGAUACUUUAUGUUAUGAUGUCUUUGUGUGUGUUUACAUUCAGUUGAUAAACUAAUAGUUCUUCCAGCCUUGAUAAGCCCUUCAGUUUCCUUACUUUUCUGUGGCCCUGUUAUCUCUCCAUAAGUAUAUUUUUGUUUACUUCCUACAUGUGAGCCCCUGUGGCAAAUAGUAAUCAAGCCUGAUCUUUUUCCAGACUUUAAUUUUAAAAGUUUUAUGUUACUGAAUGUGUUAUACAUUUCAUCAUCCUUUAGUACAUAAAAUCUUUAUUCCGUAAAGUUCACAUUGUGAGCAUCCAAGGAGUGUUUGCCAUUAAGAGAGGUUAAAACAUACUGUAUGUACAAAUUCUCAGAGUAAAUCAUGUUGACUUCUUUUUGGCUGCAGCUUCGUGGCCUUGAAGCCCAGCAAGACAGCAAAGCACCAGUAGUGACAAAUCAUAUCAAUGUAAGAUAUUGUAGAAUUAAUAUGUUGUCAUUUCCUAUUAAUAAGAUUACUACGUACUCUCUGCACUAUAAUCUUCUUUUUUGUUUUUUCCUCCAUUUGCUUAAAUGUUUGAGUUUAAGUAAAUACAUGGCUUCUUUGUUAUUGACAUAUUUAGGGCCAUAUAGAGGAAGAAUUAUUAGAAGAAAAAGACAAAAAAAUACAGGAGCUAGAAAAAGAGGUAAUGGCUUCUUUCUGAAUUUCUUUUGCAAGUCCUUUCAACUGCUUUUCAACUGGGUCUGAAUUAUUUUUUUUGGGGGGGGGUGGGGUGGUGGAGGAAAAGAUACCCAGUUUUCUCUGUUCUAAUGUGGUGAACAAGUAGUUAAAAGGAGUUUACAAAACUCAGGGUGAGCAAACAUUUUCUUGAACCACUCAGUGUAGUCUCUUUUGUGAUCAUAACUGAGUAUCUGACAAUAUUGUUGGGUAAGUCCCUUAGUUGAUAUCUGAUCUUGUGCUUAGAUUUGAGUGGAUCAGCUUUCCCUUCUUACCAAAAAUAAUUGAAAUGACAUUCAUUUCAGUCUUCUAUUUAAUACUAUUGAUUAAGUAAAAUAUUAAAGAAAGGAGCAAGUAAAUUAAAACAAACAAAUUUCAAUUAAUUUCAAAAGUAAGGAAGUAUGAUUAGAGAAGUGGUUGGACUGAAAAGAUAGCGAGAACUAGUAUAUUAAUUUCAUUCAUAGUUGAAAGCCUGUUAUCUGGUGAAUACAUCUUUAAUGUUUGAUAACAAGUCAUGUUCCUUAAAUGAUCAGGUUGAGAAAUUAAAGGAAGAUUUAACAAAUGAGGAAGAGUCCAGAUGUGAAGCUGAGGUAGGAGACUUACUUUAUCCAUCGAUCCCUAAGAGUGACCAGCAUCUAAUUUCUCCUAAAAAUAUCACCUCUGAAUCAAAUAGUAAGGUCACAAGAAUAAAGGAAAUGAUCACCAACUAAAUAAGCUGUUGAUCGUUAUAUAAAUUCUCCUUGUCAGAACCCUAGGGAAUGUAUAGAGAACAGUAUGGAGAAUAGGUAUACUGAUGUUAGGGUGUAAAGGGUUAACUGCAGGUAAAGUCUGUAACCUAAAGCCCACCUACUCCUUCCCUUUAGAUUAGACAACUGGCUCUGAAGCAUUCAUUUUGUUCUCUCUGUUUUUCUAGUUUCCUUUGUUUCUUAAUUUAUAAAAUCUCAUUGAUGAAAAAGCAAACAGAGGCAGUGUUCUUCUAUGUACUUUUAAAAUGGUGCUGACUGAAACAAUAAAGGAUUACUUACACAGAUCUUGAAAUAAUUAAUUUGUCAUUUGCUUUGGUUCCAGCAAGAAGUAGAGAAUCUCAAAGCUCAAGUGGCAACAUUCCAGGUCAGUGACUGUUAAAAAACUAUGUGAUACUGGACAUUUGAAUUACCGUUGUUUUCCCAGGGUGGUUAAUGCUUUUUAUUAGUGAAUGCUGCAAAGCACCUUUUCGGACAUACACUAUGAGCAACCCUGUUUGAGAAAGAUUUGCUUUAUUCAAACUUUAAUUUUUUUUUAAGGUAGGUACUCUGUGUUACUAAUAUUCUUAUUGAGGCACCCUGAAAUAUCAUUAUUUACUACUCUUUCAGGAUGAAAAUCAGGGUGAAUUUAACUCCAGUGAAACUGAUGAUGAUAUUGAUUUACCAGGUCAGUCCUGUCCUUUUCAGAUCAAAGCAAUUCAUAUUACUGAAAUUGCUCUGAUUCAAAAAAAUAAAGCAUCAAGGACUUUCCAAGUGUUAUGUCUGUGUUUAAACUGAUGACUGAACAGAUGAUUUAGACUGACCAUACUAGUAAAACAAUUCCACAAUCGAUCAAUAUUUUUUAGUUUUCAUCUGCCACCAAAAGGAUUCACAGUGGAUGCCUGGGAUUUGGGAACCAGAACAGGAAAGAAAAAAUCCAAUGAAAUGCUAUGAAACUUAAUUUACCUUGAAACUGCAAUUCUUUAAAAAUAGGAUGUUUACAGAAAAGUGAUUUCCAGAAUCUAUUUAAUAUAUAUACUCUGUUUUCAUCUAACUAAGUUGUACCAAAGUUUUGGAUUUAGUGGAUGUCAUUAAAAUGCUGUCAUUCUAUAAUAGCCCAGAUUAUAAUGCAAAAAAAAAAAAAUAGCUUCAACAGCAGUUGAUGUUGAGGAUCUUGUGUUCCUUUUCUUGUUUAAGUGGAGGGGAGGGAUUAGUGGUAAACACACUAGUUCAGGGCUGACGGGUCAAUUAAUGAGCAUAGUAGGGUCAGUGUGUUUUGUAUCAGGGUAAGAAGAACACUUUCCUCUCACAAUGCCUCUCCACCCAGUAGUGAAAAUUGGUACUGGUUAUCUGUCAGAGAAAAGAAUUUCUGGGAGGGGGGGUGGGAAGGGGAGAGAGUAACCUGUGACAAAGCCAUCAUCCAAUGAAGUGAGAGUGGCCAAAUAAGCUACAAGAGUGAGGAAGCAGAUCUAGACUUAACCUUUAUGGUGCAUUUUCUUUCAAUGCAGGUGUUGAUCAGAACUGGGAUUCAAAGAACAACAACAAGUUCUCCAAAAGUAAAUUAUUGUUUUAUUGCUGUGUUUUUUUUUUAAUUUUUCCAGCCUCCUUUAAAAACACUCAGUUCUAGUAAAGUUGCUUGUUUUCGUGUUAGAUGCACAGCCGGACCAACUCAUUUCACUGCAUGGUCAGGUCACAACUCUUAAACUUGAGAAUGAAAUGCUAAAAGAGCAACUCCAGGUAAGUUCUGCUAAAACAAAAUGUCCUCUAAACUGUACAGUCAGUAACUGAUGUAAAUAUCUAUGUUUCCCUUUGGUAAUAAUUGCCGGUAUGUUGAUAACUUUAAUUCUAUGGUAAUUUGUGUUAAUUUUAGACCCACUUAAAUUUAGAGAGUUCGUCUUUCUAGGAAAACUCCCUCAAAAACAAAAUAUGAUAUUAUGACUACUCACUUAAUAAGACGAGAACCAAUUUGUUUUUGAAACUCACUAAGUUUUGAUUGUAUUUUUCAAUGAUCUCUUUAGGCCCGAAAUGUUUUGUAAUUUCUGUUUUUUAGAAUUAAUUCUUUUUCUAUAGAGGCUCUUUAUGUUCUAAUAUUUGUCCUCGGCUUUUCUUCCGUUGGAAUUUUUUAAAAUUGAUGUCACAGUACCCUAUCAAUGUUUUUUCGUCUUUUAACUUUUCUCCCUAUGUUGAAUAUAUUUUUUUUGACUUGUAAAUCUCCACAGCGGCAUUCUCGAGUCAAUGGAGAUUUGAUUGAUAGCCGGGUCGAUCGCGACAUACCCACAAUUCCACUGACAGUUUAUCAGCAGCUCAAGGUAAGAUACAUUUACCCUACAGCAACUUAGCGACUACGCUGUUUACAAUCAACUAAAUACGUUAUAAACUGCAACAAAAAUUCCUUAAAUUCCUUCCUUUUAUCUUUGGUUACAUUUUGAAUAUUUCUCCUAUGAAGGUCAGUUUCCUGACAUAUGUUCUACUCUAUCUUUUCUUAUAUUUUUCUCUCACUUUGGAAAAGAUAAGAGCGCUUUCAAAGUCACAGUGUCUAACACUACCUGAGCUAGUCUUCCUCGCACACUUUUUCACGCAACGCUCUCUCACUUAUUAUUACUCUCACUCUCACCCUUAUGCUCAUACUCACGCUCACUCUCACUCUCACGCUCACUCUCACGCUUAUGCUCAUACUCACGGUCACUCUCACGCUUAUGCUCAUACUCACUCUCACUCUCAGGCUUAUGCUCAUACUCACGCUCACUCUCACUCUCACGCUUAUGCUCAUACUCACUCUCACGCUUAUGCUCAUACUCACGCUCACUCUCACUCUCACGCUUAUGCUCAUACUCACGCUCACUCUCACUCUCACGCUUAUGCUCAUACUCACGCUCACUCUCACUCUCACGCUUAUGCUCAUACUCACGCUCACUCUCACUCUCACUAUGAUCCUUGAGUUUCUUACUCUUUGCGUUUGAGAUUCACAUGCUUCAAUCCCGACGAUGUAGCUUAUGAAUGAAUGUUAAAUAUACACAGGUGUUGGAAUUGUUUCCUUCUCUUGUAGGAAUCAAAUGAAGACGAAAUAUUUAAGUUGACGGAAGAAUUGGAAGAGCUCAAGAUAACAAAUGAAUCCCUUCAAAAGGUGUUUUGACAAAUUUAAUUUUAAAACUGAAGUAAAUACGACAAGGGAUAACUCCAUGAUUCAGUCGUAAGAUAAAAAUGUUUAAUUCUCAGAUUACCUAGUAACGUUUUUAAUAAUUUUGUCACAACUGGUCGUUCCUCUGAGGAAUAUCUCGAUAAGUUUAAAUUGUAUGUAAUUGGCCUUUAGUUAGUGUCUCAACAAAUUGUUUAUCAGAUUGCUCCUAAUUCUUUCUCGGUUGUCUGUUAGGGAAAGAAGCUGGAUAGGAGCGCUUUAGAUGAUAGGCUUUCUCCUUUCCCAUUACCUCUUAAGCGCAAAUAAAUGGUCAGGAUUCCAGUCGGGUUUCUAUUUUCCCUAACAAUUUGUAAUUUUUUUCUCUAUUUUCAACAGUCAAUCGCCAACAGUGGAUCAUGUCCUCAAUGCGAUCAGCUCAAAACCAAGUUGGGAAAUUCAUCAAAUAAUACAACAGAACAGCGAUUGAUUGCAGAUUUAAAGGAGCUCGAGCAUCAAUUUCAGGUAUAAAAACAAAAAAAAAAACAAAGAACAUUGUUAUAACUGAACAUGUAAUUUUAACUUUAUCCAGCGUAAAAAAAGAUGUUUCAUCGUCUUAUCGCGAACUUGGGAUAGAGAAAAAUUGUCCUCAUUAGGAAUUCAACCUCAGACCAUUUGAUUCCGCGCUCCGAUGCUUUACCACUUACCGCGGUAUCUGAAAGUUUCACCCCAUUGCGGUUUCGCCCCCUGAAAUAAAACAAGUUCGCCCCCACCUUUACCAGUUCGCCCCCAAAUCUUUCGACUUGUUCCUUAACUGCAGAACGUAUUCCUUUUCUGUUUAGAUCAUACUGUAUAUCGAUCCGCGUGAAGUUUUCUUUUUUCUGAGUCAAACGUUUGAUCAAGAAAGCGUGCUAAGUCACGACAUAUGAGUUCGAGUAUCAAACCACCAAAUGCUUACUGGGCGUUGGUCGUUUAAAGCGUUCGUCUCAGGCAACUAGUUUGUAAUGUUAAAAUCAAGGCUUUAAAAUUGAUGGCUGGUUCAAAACGUAUCCAAGAAGUUUCUCAAGUCUUCCGCCCGCCGUUUGCUUCUCAGCCGAGAAAAAUCUUUUCAAAAUGGUUUUGAUUGUCAGUCCCCAGAUUUAAGGGGAUUUAUGACACAGGAAAACUGCCGUACCUGUGUUACUUAAUCCACGUAAUUGUCUUCGGUAGGAGGCUGAAAGAGGAUACAGAGAGACUAUAAACAUGUACAGACUACAACUUCUAAAUGCAAGCCAGGUAAGACUCUCUUUUCGAUUUCGUGUCUCGUCCCCAAUUCUCUCUUUUCAAAAGUUCAGAAAAAGUUGGCUAGGGACGAGUAAGUCUGCGAAGGGCGGACUCUUAAACCGUCGGCAUUUCCAAAUUUGUUGCAGUCGAAGAUUAACCCUUUACACCCUUACAUUAGUAUUCAUAUUCUCCACACUGUUCUCUAUAUAUUCCCCACGGUACUGACAAGGAGAAUUUACUUGACAAUCAAAAGCUUUUUAAGUUGGAGACCAUUUCCUUUAUUCUUUCGACUUUAAUAUUUGAUUCAAGGGGUAUACUGCAAGAAGAAAUUUGAAGCCAGGGAAUCUUAGGGGUUAAAUGGUUACACUAUAACCCAAUGGAUAAAUGUAAGUAAGUAAUUGUGUAGCGAUCAAUGACACUUGUUUUUCUUUUUACUCAGCUUGAAAUGGACCCUGAGAUACAAGAAGUUCUUCAAAUGAUCGUUAGGUUAAGAAGCAGUGAACAGUUUUGCUAAAGAAAUGCCUGCUGUGUAUAAGCAAAGAAAGGUUCCUAUCAUUAAACACGAGGACCUGCAGUUGAAGUACUUCCGAAAUAGAGAUAAUUUAAGUCCGUUGAAAUGAGUUUUGCGAUGAAAGAAGCAUUUAUCAUACCAAAUUCUUCUCAGUUUAUGCACAGAGAACUUAGUCUAUAUCAGAUAGUGUCAUAUAUUUAUUUAUUUGUAAGAAUUAUUCUAGUGUACGUUUUUUUUAAAUUUUUUCUGUUUCAGUCCUCUCGCGGCUCCGGCGUGAAACGCAACAUGGCGCCGCAAACUUGCGUACGCCGGAAGUUUAAAGCUUAGUUUUAGUUUGAAGGCUAAAUAUAAGAUAGACGAAUAUAAUUGUCUCAAGUGCUAGCACUUUUUCUACCAGCAGUAUGGUUUUCAAAAGAGGAGACACUGUACAGUGAAAUUUUUAUAUUUCGCAGUUUUCAACUAUCUUAAUUGGUUGAAUUGGUAUUUUGUAAGAUAUUUCAUACCUUUCGUCAAGUUUCCAUUUUAUUUUAGAGCAAAUUUUUAUUUUAAACGUUCGUGCGGAUUUUGUAUUUACCAAUCUCUUGUACAUUACAAAACAAAUGACCUGUUCUUUAAGUUAUUUGUAUUUUUUUAUCAAGUUAUUCUUAAGUUAUGUUAUAACGUGUAGUAUGU